AUGGGCAAGUCUGUCAACAAGAAAAAGUCGCAGUCCGGCCUCUCCACCCCUCCCACACUAUCCACCACCCCGCCCAACAAGGCGCUCUACCCCACCAUCUCCCUCCGCUCGUCCUCCCCUUCCUCCAUCGCUUCCCGGGAGAACGACCACGCCCAAGGCAGCUCCGCCCCUUCCACCCAGCUGUCUGCCCGUUCGUCUCUGAUGAACGUCCUCACCAAACCGCGGCACUCGCCCAUGUCGUCGAUCUCGGGCGGCGAGGGCCUGAUGACACCCGAGGAGGAGUACUCUGACCUCUCCACGGUCAGCAGCUACGCCUCUAGCAUCAUCUCUGGUACCCACAACAAGGAGAGCGUGGGGGUGGAAGAGAUUGCCAAGGUGUAUGAGGAUUAUUUGGAGACGCCGUUUGUGCAGACACAGGCUACGAUCAAGCAUAGCGAAUUUGGGCAUGACAACAACCCGAAUUGGAGGUGGACCAGUCAGUGGAACCCGAACGAGGCGAUUCAUGCCGAGGAAGAGCCUCAACCGUCAUACAUGACUUUGCUGAGUACAUACACCAGUUACAUCCUCCUCAUCGUCAUCGGACACAUCCGUGACUUUUUCGGCAAGUAUUUUACUCCCCAGAACUAUGCCCACCUCAUGCCCCAGAACGGCUACGCCGCUCUGAACUCUGAUUUCGACUCGUUCUACACCCGUCGCUUGAAGCAGCGUCUCGACGACUGUUUCGCCCGCCCCACCACCGGUGUCCCUGGCCGUACCGUCGUAUGCUACGACCGUGUCUCCAACGACCAGAACAACAACUUUCACUUUACCGGUACUUCCACCCGCGCCCUCAACGUCUCGUCCUACAACUAUCUCGGGUUCGCCUCGUCCACUGGCGGGUGUGCUGAUGCCGUCGAGCUCGCUAUCAAGCGAUACGGUGUGGCCUCUGGCGGUGUACGACAUGACGCGGGUACUACCGACUUGCACAUCCAGUGCGAAAAGCUCGUCGCCAAGUUUAUGGGUGUGGAGUCUGCCAUGAUCCACUCGAUGGGCUACGCCACCAACUCGACCACCAUCCCCGCCCUCGUCGGUAAAGGCUGCCUCGUCAUUUCCGACGAGUUCAACCACGCCUCGAUCCGAACGGGUGUCCGUAUGAGCGGUGCCGCCAUGCGAUGGUUCAAGCACAACGACAUGAAGGCUUUGGAAAAGUUGUUGAGGGAGGUUAUCAGUCAGGGUCAGCCGAGGACGCACAGGCCUUGGAAGAAGAUUUUGGUCAUUGUGGAGGGAUUGUUCUCGAUGGAGGGAAGUUUGGUGCCUUUGCCCAUUCUCAUGGACCUCAAGAGGCGUUACAAAUUUUACUUGUACGUCGACGAAGCCCACUCUGUUGGUGCUAUGGGCCCCAACGGCCGAGGCGUCUGCGACUAUUUCGGUAUCGACCCCCGCGAAAUCGACAUUCUCAUGGGCACCGUCACAAAGUCUUUCGGUGCUGCCGGCGGCUACGUCGCCGGCUCCAAAGAGCUCAUCGACCGUCUCCGCGUCCGAUCCCAUGCUACCGCCUACGCCGAGUCUGUCUCCCCCGCCGUCCUUGCCCAGAUCAUCGCCUCCAUGGGCAGCAUCAUGGGCAUCGCCCCCCCUCUCGCCGCGCCCGCCGACGACGAUUCCGACGCUCUCUCCAUCGCCUCCCGUCCUGCCGUAUACGGCCCCGCCCCCGCCUCCCUCCUCCCGCCAUGGCUCACCCUCCCUCCCCAGCUCUUGAAUGGUACAGAGGGCCGCGAGCGUCUCCGCCGUAUCGCCUUCAACGCCCGCUACCUCUCCUCCGGGCUGCGUAAACUCGGCUUCAUCGUCUACGGCAACCGCGACUCCCCCAUCAUCCCUCUCCUCAUCUACCAACCCGGCAAAAUGGGCUACUUUUCACGCAUGAUGCUCGAACGCGUCGGGGCAGACAAGACGCCCAUCGUCGUCGUCGUCGUCGCCUACCCCGCCACGCCCCUCAUCACCUCGCGCGUGAGGUUUUGCCUGAGUGCGAGCCAUACGAAGAAUGAUAUUGAUUUGAUCUUGAGGGCGUGUGAUGAGGUGGGGGAUGUGCUUGGGUUGAAGUAUGCGAGGCAGGAGAUGAGUGUGGAGGAGGUUGUUGGGAGUGCGGAGGAGUUGGUGGCUGCUUCGAGCGUUUAA